AUGGAAAAUCCAAAAGUUAGAUUCCAACAAUCAUCAACUUCAACAAAACCAAAAGGAAAAUCCGUAUCCGCCCAGUUUCUGAAACCACAACCUGAGGAAAAUCCAAUAAUUUUACCUUUGGAUCCAAGACAUGAGAGAGCUUUAAAUAGAAUAAAAGCUGUCGCAUCAAGAACAAAGAGACAUGUUAGAAAUGAUCUUCACAAUAUUAACCAACGUCGAAUUUUUCAUAAAUUGUUGAAAAACUAUAAAGUGGGUGAGAUUGUCAAGAUGGAGAGAAUGUUGGUUCUUGUUAAACAAGCUAUGGAUUCAAGUGGUAUGGUUUUGACAACGUUUACUGAAGUUGAACCAUGUGAUACAAGAAUUUUGGAGAGAUGGAAAGAAUACAUCGUGGUUGCAAGAACAACUGGUGACUUUGAUGAACCAAUCUUGAUUCAAUUUUAUACUAAACGUGAAAUACCACAUGAUGAAACAAGUAAGCAUUCUGAUGAUGAUUUGGACUUUACUUUGAAUAAAUGUUGCCUAGUUAACUUUUACAGCUCAUUGGAUAAAACAAUUGCAAUUGUUAAAAAGGGAAAAGUUUUCAUAUUAAGAUGUCAAACACCCACAUCCUCAAUUCACUGGCUAACAUUUUUGAAUGAAACAUUAGGCCACAGCAACCCUGGGAAGUUGAUUAUUCAAAUUCCUAAAUUAUCAGUAUCCAUUAAUAUAAGAGUUACAUCAGAGGUCUAUCAAAAGCUGACUGAGGAGGAAAAUGCUGAAUAUAGCUCUUUAAUAUACAAGAAUGAAGGAUAUCUUGUGAAAGAACUUCCAAUAUUAGAAUAUUUGGUCCAGAAAAUCAAAUUAAAUCUAGUCAAAUCAGGAUACGGAUCAAUAGUUGAUGAUUGGAAUAAUAAAAAUUUGGUUUUAGCAUUCUGCUGGAGGCAUUAUGACCGGUUAGAAUGGAUUUUUGGAGAAACAUUAAGCAAUCUAUUUUGGGAGCAAUCUAUGUAUUCAACACAUGAUCUUGAAUUGAGAGUUUCAAGCCAUUAUCCUGCUGAAAUAACGAAUGAGAAUAACCAGAAGCUGGAAGAACCAGCACCCAUUGAAGGAUUUUUGGCAAGGUUAUCAUCCAGACGUGGUACACAUAGAAACUACAUUCAUAAGCAGAUCUUCAAAUUUUCUUACUUUUUCACAAAUAACCGUCUGCUAUUUUUCAGUCGUUCAUAUAAAGCAUUACCUCCUAUUCCAGAAUUUGAGUAUCUGUCUGACUGCAAGUUCUUAUCCAAUCCAGAGAAUUUUGAAAAGAUUAGACAUGGGAUACCACCUAUUUAUCAUCACAACCCUUACAGGAUCGAUGAUGCUGGUCAUAUUGACUGGUUAAAUCCAAGUAUAUCAUCUGAAGAAUUUGGUAACCGUGACAGGUUUGCAAGCUAUGAAUAUGAAAGAAGAGUUGCUUCCAUUUUAAGAGCAGAUGCUGUUAUAGAUAUGUUGGAAAUUGUGAAUGUCAAGGCUAUAAACGCUGAUUCGCUUCCUGUAACAGUCAGAGCUGCUGACAUAUAUGCAUGGGAAGAACUGACUGGGAAGCUCAAGGAUGAAAGUGAAGAAAUGAAGGAUUCGUUUUUCCAAAUUGAGUUUCAAAAUGGGUCGUUUUUCACUUUGAAAGCACCAAGCAGAACAAUAAGAACCGAGUGGGUUGAUAGAUUGAAUCAAUUGGUGACUUAUUGGAAAUUACGAGUUGAGAAUGAUGUUGAAAAGAUUCAUGAAGUCAAAUUUUCAAACAUCAAUAAGCUGAGUAUUGAUGAUUAUAUGGAGGCCAACGUUGGUGAAGCGACUCCAAAAUGGGAAAAUUCCAGAGGUUUGGCGGACCCAGCCAUUCAUAAUAUAAGUUCGAAUGCAAUGUUUCGUCCUCUUGUGAGAUGUGGUUUGUUGUAUCAAAAACCCAAAAAGCAUACAGUUUUUAAAAAUUAUUUUGUUUGUUUGAUUCCAGGAUUCAUUAUUUUAUAUAAAGUUUUUGUGAGAAAUUUGAGUGGAAUAGCUUUACCAACUACACAUUAUAAACAUUAUUUAACCAUUCCAUUAGAUGAGUGCUAUAUUUAUUCAGGAAGCACAAGUGGUAUAGAUCUUUUGAAAAGGGAUAGUGAAAUUGAUAAUGUUAACCUUGGAAGAAAUUCAUUACCAAGGAUUUAUAAAGAUGGAUGGAUAUCAUCUGAAGAUGAAGCUUCAAGAUGUUUUACCCUUUGGUUUGGUACUAAGAGGGCAAUCACAGGUAAAAUGUUGAUGAAAAGUGAUGAAGGAAAUGAUUUUAAUGAAUAUGGAUCUCAGAAUCCAGGGAUAAUAAAAAUGGUUAGUAGGUUAGGUGUUACAGGUCGAAGUGUUGUUUUUAUGUGUCGCUCAAGACAAGAACGUGAUUUGUGGGUGAAUAACAUUUAUACAGAGGUUGAAAGAUUUCAUAAGGCAGAAGAUGUGAAAGUUUAG